ACACGGCGAGGAUAAAGCAAGAUGGCGUCUGACGGUGAAGACGUUAUUGCAGUCGUCACAGUUCAGUGUUCUUAAUCUGUGCCUCCAUGUACACAUAUAUGUCCUUUAUUACACUCUAGUAAAUAGAGUAAACAUCGUUAAUAACUGUUUGCAUCCGGUUAUAUUAGUCUGAGCGCACUUUGAUGCUUCUCGAGCUAGCUUAGCUUGCUAGUUAGCUUAGCUUGUUAGCUGCUAACAAAGAGAGGCGGAAGUGAUCAAAACACAUCGCUUAGUUAAGAUCAAGUGUGAGUGUAAAGUGUUGUGAUUGUGUGAAAAUGUGUGAAGGAACCAUAGCAAAGUACGAGGAGGAACUUUGUCCAACAAAAGAGGAGAAGGAGCGACAACAUGAAAAACAUCAAGUUGUGUUACACAGAACAGACAUCCAUCAGCUGAUUGAACACCAAGAAGAAUGUCUCCCUCAUCUGCAGGGGGACAGUUUCACUUUAGAAUAUCCACAGCCCUCACAUUUUAAAGGGGACAAGGGGGAUUCACAGCCCUUUUAUUUUAAAGAGGAAGAGGAGGGAGAGUGUCCUGUAGGGCAGGAGGAGGCUGAUGUCAGCAAGUUUCCACUGACUGUUGUCUCUGUGAAGACUGAAGAGCAUGAAGACAAACCACCUGAGUCCUCACAGCUUCAUCACAGUCCAAACGUUGAAGAAGAACCUCUACCCCAUGAGCAGGAGGAGGAACCACAGUCACCCCACAUACACGAGGAAGAAGAGGUACCACAUUACCAACACAUUAAAGAGGGAAGAGAGGAGGCACAUCCCCCCCACAUUAAAGAGGAAGACGAGACGCCACAGACCCAUAAUGUUAAACUGACCCUUCACAUUAAAGGGCAAGCGGAGGACCCACUGAUCUUACACAUCAAAAAAUGCAGAAGAGGGCCCACUGACCUCUCACAUUAAAAAGGAAGAGGAGGACCUAUUGACCCCCUGCUUUAAAGAGGAAGAGGAUGUCCAAGAGCCGCCGCACAUUAGAGAGGAAGAGGAGGAAGAGGGCAUCAGUCAGCCUAAAUGGUUGGAGGAGUUCCCAGUGACUGGUGUCCCUGUGAAGAGUGAAGAUGAUGAGGUGAAAGGUGAAAGUGAGGAGAGGGGAGGGGGGGAGCCUCCAAGCAGCAGCUCAACACAACACAUGACAACAGAAGCUGAUGGAGACCACUGUGGAGGAUCACAAGCAGACAAGCUCUUAGCUCCACUAUCAGAUAGUGAGGACACAACGUCACACUCUCCUGACACUGAUGAUGAAGACUCUAAAGAUGAUAAGACAUGUCACACUGACAACACUCACUUCACAUGUUCUCACUGUCACAAAACCUUUAAAUACCAUAGUUCUCUGAAAUUACACAUAAGAUCACACACUGGAGAAAAACCUUUUUCUUGUUCACUCUGUAGUAAAGGUUUUACACAACGUCAAAAUGUGAAAGAACACAUGAGAACACACACUGGAGAAAAACCUUUUUCUUGCUCAGAAUGUGGUAAAGGUUUUGUUCUCAGUAAACAUUUGAAAGUACACAUGAGAACACACACUGGAGAAAAACCUUAUGUCUGUUCAAUCUGUGGUAAAGGUUUUGUAGAAAGUCGCAAUUUGAAAGUACACAUGAGAACACACACUGGUGAAAAACAUUUUAUCUGUUCAAUCUGUGGUAAAGGUUUUGCACAAAAUCAACAUAUGAAAAGACAUAUGAGAACACACACUGGUGAAAAACCUUUUUCCUGUUCAACCUGUGGUAAAAGUUUUACAAGAAGUGCAGAUGUGAAAGGACACACUAGAACACACACUGUUGAAAAAUCACAUUCCUGUUCAAUCUGCGACAGAAGUUUUGGUCAACGGUCAGCACUUGUAGCACACAUGAGAAGACACCCAUGAGAGAAAGUGUUGAGUUGCAGUGUGUGUGGUGAAAGAUUGUCUUCUAAGUACCAGUGUAAGAAACACAAGUGUGCUGGUGAGAACAGCAGCAGCAAAUGAAACUGCAGGAUUUGAAAUAAACUGUCCAGACUUUCAUUUUGACUUUCUAACAACAUCAGCACAUAUAACAUGUGUGACAUUGUUGUUUGUCUAACAAUCUGUUUAAUAUGCUUCUACAUGUACAGAUUAGAUAUAUUUGUAUUAAUGCUUUUUUCAGUCAAGUACAUGCAUUAAUCUGCAACUUUGUGUUCUUUUUUUAAACAUUGGACAGAACAAUUUGACUGAAAAGUUGAAAGUAAACAGU